AUGGCAAUCACAGCCAAGGCUGCCGAACAAGACGCGACGUCUUCGUGCACUUACCAGAGCUGCUUCGUGGGACGGCCGGAUGUGCUGAAUAUCCACAUAGUGUGCCACAGCCACAACGAUGUCGGCUGGACCGAGACGCCGGAGGUCAUCUACAACGAAUAUGUGCAGGACAUCUACAGCUCGGUGACGACGGCGCUGCACAAGAGCCGCGACCGCAAGUACGUGUCGGCAGAAACGGCUUUCUUUGAGCGGUGGUGGCAAGACCAGCUGCCGCCAAGAAGAAAGAGCGUCCGGAAGCUCAUCCAACAAGGGCAGCUGGAGAUGGCCGGUGGCGGUUGGGUACAAAACGACGAGGCGACUACUCACUACUCGGCGAUCGUCGACCAAAUGUCGAUGGGGCUACGCUGGCUCAACGACACCUUCGGCGAGUGCGGCCGACCUCGCGUAGCCUGGCAGAUCGACCCGUACGGCCACUCGCGAGAGAAUACCGCUCUCUUCGCACAGAUGGGCUUCGACGCAGUCUUUAUGGGCCGCGUGCAUUUAGCCGACAAAGAGCACCGACGCAAGCAGCGCUCGCUUGAGUUCGUCUGGAAUACCGACAGGACUAUUGGAAGCGGAGCCAACCUGUUUGCGUCCAUCCUGCCCAAUGUCUACAUGCCACCCAGGGGCUUCUGCUUCGACAAGUACAGCUGCACCACCGACCCGGACGUACUGGCCUUCAACGCGAGGACACGGGCUCGAGAAUUCAUUGACGCUGUCAGAGAAUACGCCAAGUACUACGACACACGCAACGUGUUGGUGACAAUGGGAGGCGACUUGGCGUAUUCUAAAGCGGAGUCUUGGUUCGACAACAUCGACCGUCUCAUCUCGGCCGUCAACAGAGAGGCUUCCAGUGCGAGCAUCAGGCUGCAGGCAUUCUACUCAAGCCCAUCAUGCUACCUGAAAGCCCUGCAUGUGGCCAACCGGUCAUGGCCUGCGCACACACGUGACUUCCUACCUUACGCCGACCGGCCGCAGGUGUACUGGACGGGCUUCUACACCAGCCGGCCCACCCUCAAGCGCUACGCCAGGCACUCCAACGGAUUUCUGCAGGUUUGCAAACAAGUCGGUGUUACUGCGGGACUUCGGGCAUCUGUACUGAAAUUCAAGAGAGCAGUCGCUACACUGCAGCACCACGACGCAAUCACUGGAACGUGCUCGAAAAAGGUGGCCCAGGGUUAUACCAAACUCAUUGGAGACAGCAUCUCCCAGUGCGAGAAGCUGAUUAGCGACGGAAUCGUGAGCCUCAUGUGGCGCAACCCGGACAGCAACGACGAGUUGCUACAGUUCUGCCACAAGCUGAACGAGACCAUCUGCUUGAUCCCCGAAAACGAGAACAAGUUCCUCAUCAUCGUUUACAACCCUAUGGGACAGAGAAUAAAGUACUACGUUCGACUCCCGGUUCCCUCCAAGAAUGAAUACGUGGUUGAGACACGCGACAAAGAGGUCUUGGCGUCCCAGGCUGUUCCCAUGACAAAUACAGUUAUGGAUCUUCCACUCAAGAAACACAUCGCCAUGAACGAGCUCGUGUUCCAAGUGGAGUUGCCACCAGUGGGAGCGGCCGCUUACCAGGUGUCAAAAUUACCGGCCAUACAGCCACCAAAGGAAAACUACGACGUGUUCAGGAUUGACCUGGAAGAAUCGUCGAUUGAAAACGAGAAGUACCGCCUGAUCGUUGACGUGGCCACCGGCCUGCUCAAGGAGGUCAUCGUUCUGGAGAGGGACGAGACGCUGAUGCUUCGCCAGUCGUUCUUCUGUUACGAGGGACAGUAUUCUGGUGACGAAGGGAGUGACUCCUCGCCCGCAUCGGGGGCCUAUAUCUUCAACCCACCUUUGGACGAACCAUACGACCUGGGCAUGCACGUGACGUACCGAAUAAUCAAGGGGAACGUGGUGCAAGAGAUCCAGCAGGUGUUUGACUCCUGGAUUACCCAAGUGAUCCGGCUCUACAAAGGCUUUGACAUCAUCGAGUUCGAGUGGAUGGUGGGACCCAUCUCGGUCCAGAGUCGCCGAAGCAAGGCCGUCAGCCGGGAGAUCGUAACGCGGUAUACAACGAACCUUCAAAACGAUGGCAUAUUCUACACGGACUCGAAUGGACGAACGACGAUCGAAAGAAGGCGAGGCGCUACGGCACAGAAAGGAUCAGACAACUGGUUAACUACAGGUUCACAGUACUAUCCGGUCGUCUCCUGGGUCUACAUGAAGGACGUGCUUCGAAACAUGCAAAUGACUGUCCUACCCGACUCAUCGCAGGGGACGGCCAGUCUUCGUGACGGAGAGAUUGAGCUCAUGGUGCACCGCCGGCUGGUGGAAGACGACGGGUGCGGGCUCGGUGAGGCGCUGAAUGACACGUCCGUGGUGCGCGGCCGUCACUUGGUGCACCUCGGCACUUCCGGCUGGCCCCGCAUGCGCCAGCAGGCGCUCCAGCUCGUCUACGCUCCCGUACUCGCGUACUACAGGCUGGGCAGGGAGUCACUCGACGGCCUGCUCGCCAGAAGAGAUUUCUCAGGGUUGCGGGAACAACUGCCCGACAACGCUCACUUGCUGACACUGGAGGCCAUCUCAGCGUCGCAGCUACUGAUCAGGCUCGAGCACAUCAACAUUGACAAGGACGACAAGGAUGCCAAUGACAAGCUGAUCUCUAUCACGCAUCUGCUCAGGAGCCACCAUUUGGAGCGCGUGCACGAGGCCAGCCUGUCGGGACACAUGCUGCUGGACGAGAUGCAGCGACUGCAGUGGCGCCAGACUCAGACGUCGAGCGGCCUAUUGGGGACCACUGGCGGCUCCGGCGUCGUUCGCGAAAAAGACAACUACUUGGUGCAGCUGUCGGAUGGCCGCAUCAGGACCUUCUAUGCAUCCCUGUCGCCCAAAAAUCAGCACUAACAGAACGGUCGAAACGACGCUUUUUCGUCAGCUAAUCUGCAACCUCACUGGCAGCUUGGCUCAGUGACAGUGGUGCUGCAUUAAAAAUAAUACAAAGAAGCCUGUCGCAAGAUGCAUGCGCAUGUGAGAAAAUAGAUGAAAUAUGGAAGUGAUAAAAAUUAGCCAGAUUUCUGCAGUUCUCCAUUUGCGAGUUUUGUGAAUAUGGUCUCAUAUCCGGGAUAAUUUCACCAGCGGUCGCUUUUGUGUGACGAUAAAAACAUCCUUACAG